CCGCCGGCGCCUGUAGAGCACACACAUUCGUGUUUUCCAAGACGACUCGAAAUUCGGUGUGACGCUGUCUCGCAGUCUCGCAGGAGAAUUUCAGCUCGGUGGUCGUGUUUGCUCGUCUUGACUUGUUGUCUUGCGUAUCGGCACUGCCUACUGCUGUAAUAUCAUCGCGAUUCUUUCUGUUCAGCUUGCUGCACUUGUGUGCGCUCGUUGUCCGUUCCGUACCUACGCAUUUUUUUCCGAAUCAAUUUGUUAUUCAUUAUUUAUUUUCCGAAUCAGUCAUUCGUUACGCGCUCGACGGAUCCACACCGGCCAGUCAGUCUCGUUUGUCAAGAGGGAAGAGCAGCGGCACUACAUCGUCGGUAGGGCUGACGUCCCUUAACUCCGGCGAGUAACCGUAGCUGCACCGUCGGCUCCGGCGGCGGUGGCAACGGGAAAUACCGCCGACACAUAGAUUAUCCAACCAUGCCUCCUCGAUCCCGACAAAAACAAACGGCCCGGACGGCCCGAACGACCAAUACGGCUCGGACGGCCAAGACGACUCGGACGGCCAAGACGGCUCGGACAGCCAAGACGGCCAAGACAACUAAGACGGCCAAGACAACUAAGACGGUCAAGACAACUAAGACGGGCCGGACCGCCAAGACGACUCGAACUGCCAAGACGGCUCGGACCGCCAAGACGGCUCGGACCGCCAAGACGGCUCGGACCGCCAAGACGGCUCGGACUGCCAAGACUACUCGGACCGCCAAGACGACCCCAAAGGCUCAGGAGCUCCCCAAAAUGCCGCCUCAAGAUCCGACUCCACUUCGAAAAGGCGAAAAAGUCUUUUGUAAUUGGAAGGAUAAAUAUUACCGUGCAGAAAUACAGAAAAUAAUUCCAGAAUCUGAAUACCUUUCAGUUCAUUUCUGGAAGUUUGCUAAAUCAUGGGACAUGCCGGUGAAUAAAAAUACUCUAAUAAGAUUUGACUCUGCAGCAAACCAAAUAUAUGCCAAGAACUACAAUGCGUAUCAACACAGGAAGAUUAAAGAAAGUAAUAGAAUAAAAGAAGAGAUACUUAAGAAUAAAAAAGAAAAUAAACCUUUUUUAGUAGUAAAUCGAUUAAAUUUUGAUCCAACAAAAUUUAAAGUUAUGGUUUCGGAUGAAGGCGUGAUAAGUUUAUUACCAAAAGAUAUAAAUUUAUCCAAAAAUAUACUACCUGAAAAUGAAUCGCACUCUUCUGUUGGAACAGAAUCAAUCAUAUCUUCCGAACAAGAAAAAAAUGUUCAAUCACUAUCACAACCAUCAAUAAUUCAAGAACAAGAAUCAUUAAAAGAUGAUAAAAACCAUGAUUUCACACAACUCUUGGAUACCUUCUCAACUAAAGAAAAAGUUGCAAUUGAUGUUUUGGACCAUAUGCUAACCAAGUCAAAACUUAACAAUUCUGUUCGAAAUCAUGAAGUUUUAGAUCAACCUAUGAUGCCUGUUGUCAUAAAUAAUGAUUCUUUGGAUUUCAAUGAUGUCUUGGAGCAGAAUGUGAUCAAAUCUGUCUGUAAUGAGAAUAGUGAUGAUCAACCGAAAAACCAACAACUAUUAAUUAAUGAUAAUAAAACGUCCGUUUCAGAGUUUACAUCUAACAAUAAAUCCAUCUGCGAUUCUUCUGAAAUAGCAGGCUUAUCUGGAAUAACAACCAUGACAAACAAUAAGAGGAAAACAAAUAACUUAGAAGAAGAAACUAUUGAUGAAUAUGUUGGCAUAAAAAAAAUAAAAUUUCUUAAGAAAAAACCAAGCACAGAAUAUCUUGACAACGAUAUUAGUGAUUCUGGUUUAGAUAAAGACAGAUUUACAAUAUCAAACGAUAAAGAGAAAAUAAGUGAUAGUGUGGCAGAGGCUAGUAAAGAUGAUGAUAAUGUUAAAAAAUCAAAAGUACAAAUAGAAUAUGAGCAUAAUACAAAAAAAAAAUCAAAAGAUAAAAAUAAUUUUACUGUUGAAGAUCCUGUAAUAAAUGACACUAGUGUUCUACUAUGCAAAUCAGCUAUUGAGAAGACAGUUAAUGAUUAUGAAGAUAAGACUGAAGGUGUUGAAGAAUGCUAUGAUAUAAACUAUGAUUAUUCUGCAUUUGAAGAAACUAAUCAAUUAAGGAAUAAUUAUUUUAAUGAAAUAGGGGUUGAAAUACAAUCAAGUGACAAUGAGAAAAACUUUUCAAAUGUUGAGUAUGAAAAUGUUACAACUACCAAUAAGGAAGAUGAAAUACAGACUGAUGAUCUACAAGAUUUUAGCUAUUCAACGAGUGUUUCAAUUUCAAAUGAGUUAAUAAUUGGUGAAGAAGACAAGAUAGAUGAAAAACAAAGCAGUCUAAUACAAGUUAGAACAGAUUCGGCCACAGAAGAGAUACAGCCUGAAAUAAAUUUUGUAAAAAUUGAUGAUUUUCAUGAAGAUAUUACAAUUUCUAAAACUGGAGAUCAAUUAAUGUUGGAUGAGCAACAAGUUUCAAUCAAUUUUGAUAUUGAUUCAGUUGGUGAUAAGUCAAGUUAUGCAUUGAAUAAACCCUCAAAUGAAACGGAUAAUACAACUGAUGUGUCACAACAUGGAACAAAUGUAGAUACUGCUGAAAAUAAUGCAUUACUUGUAAGAACCAAUUAUGUUGAAGACGUUACAACCUCAAAUUCUAGAGAACAAUUAAGGUUAGAUGAUCAACAAACUUUGACCAAUUCAAAUAAUGAUACAAAGUGUGUUUUUGUAGGUAAGGAUCAACCCGAAGAUGUUAAAACUGGUGAAUUUAAGCAACCUAUUAUAAUGGACUUAAAAAGUAUUAUCAAAUCUAUAGAUUUUUCAUCUAAAGACCUAUGUUGCUGUAUUAGUUCAGUUUGUAAAAAAACGGGUAGAGAUCUAAGAAGUCUGAAAUUAGUUAAAAUCAAAGAUCAUUUGACAAACCAAGAGGUUAAAAUGACACCCGAAGAGAUACUUUUGAAUCUGAAUGAAAACGAUAUUGUAAAUGGACAAGACUCGAACGCUUCAAUAAAACGAGAGCAUUUUAAUGAACCUUGUUAUAAUCUUGAUGGUAAUCUAGACUGUGGAGGAAAUGACACAACUAUAUUGAAGAGCAAUCAGCAAAAUAAUAAAGUAACUUUUGUUUUUGUUACAAGAACUUCGCCAAAAAACGCAAAUAAUUUAGAUGGAACUAGUGAUGCAGAUGUCAAACUUGAAAAUAGGUUAGAAAUAGAAGUUAUUUUUGAAGAAAACCCUAUUAUAAAAGAGCCAAGUCAUACACUUAAUGAUGAUCAGGCUUUAGAAGAAUGUAAUUUUUCUAAAGUAAAAAGUUUAUCAUCGACAACUCCAACUAUUCUGGAGGAGAAAAAUAAAAAAAAUGUUGAAUAUGAAGAUUUAAUAUCAGAUAAAAAUUGUAAUUCAUCGUUAAUAUUAUCAACAACACUCAAUAAAGAAAAAAUAAAUUAUCAUGAUACGACAAUUAAUAUAGAUGUAAUUACUAAAGAAAACCCUAUAUUAAAUGAGGGUUUUCCUUCCAAAACAAGUGGACUAUUAUUACCAACAACUGAGCUGACAGAAAUAAAUACUAAUAAUUAUCUUCAAAGUGACAUUACCGAAGAUCUAAUUCCUAAUGUGAAUCAUACAUCAAAUGAGAGCUUUCCUUCCAAAGAUAGUGGAUCAUUAAUACCAACAACUGAUUUGUUGGAAAUAAAUACUAAUAAUUACCUUCAAAGUGACAUUAUCGAAGAUUUGACUUCUAAUGAUUGUUUAACUUCUAAUGAAAGUAUUGAUCAUUUUGAAACUAAUAUUUUAACAAUAUCAACAACUGAGUUGAAUAUUGAUGAUUUAAAUAAUAAAAUAAAGGGUAAUAUUGAUGCUGAUUAUGAUCAAGAUUUCACUUCAAAUGAUAGUUUUAUUUUAAAUAAAAGUAAUGAUAUUGAUACUGAAAGUUCUUCAAGUUUAUCAAUAUCAACAAAGAAUGUAAUAAAUAUCAAGAAAAUAAAAGAUAAAAAAAAUAAAGAUAUUGAAGGAGAUCUUGUCUGGAAAAUAGAAACCUCAUCAACUACCGAGUCAAAAAAUAAGGAUAUUUAUAAAAAAUACAAGGGAGAUAAUAAGGUCCGAAAAGUAAAAACAGUAACAUCCACAGAUGAGUCAAAAGAUAUCGAGGGUCUACCAGUUAGUUACUUAAAAAAAUCAAAACUUUUUGAAAAAUUAUUAAAAAGCAAAACCAAGGAUAUUCAUAUAGAUUCUGAUGAUACUUAUACGGUUGCUACCAACAAUCAACAAGAUCCUAUUUCCAAUGAUAAUUUUGCAUUAAACCAAAUCGAUGAUUAUGAAACUGGGUGUUCUUCUAGUUCAUCUUCAUCAACAUAUGUGUCUAAAAAAAAAAAUAGACAUAAAAAUCUUAAAAGUGAAAAUAUUGAUGAUCAUGUUCAAAGAUUAAAAGCAUGUUCAUCAACAAGCAUUGAUGACAUUAUAAAUAUUCAGAAUAAAUAUAACAAAAGCAAAGCAACUAAGGAAGUUAAUGAUUUGAAAAAAUCACAUGCUUAUGAAAAAUAUACUAAAAUUAAAUCGAAAGAGAUGAAAAUUAUUGCUGCUAAAUAUAAUUUUGCAAUUGACUAUGAUCAAGAUGUUACUUCUAAUGACAGUUUUAUUAUGAAUAAAAAUAAUCAAUCUGAAGCUUGUAGUAUUAUAAGCUCAUCAUCGAGUAUAAAAGUGGCAAAUAAAAAGAAGAAAUUUAAAGAAAACAAAAGUGAAAUUACUGAUGGAGAAGAUAACCCUCGUAGUUCAAAAAAAUCAACCUCAAUAACAAAGUCUAACAAUAAGAUUAUUAAUGACAGAGCAGGAAAAUUAUCUGAAGGUUUACCAGUUAAUUACCUCAAACAGUCUAAAGUUUAUGAAAAACUGCUCAAGGGUAAAUCAAAGGAUUCAUUAAAGUUUAAUGAUAAAAAUAAAUCUGGAGCUGAUGACCAAGAAGAUGAUAGAUCUAAUGAUUGUUUUUUAUUAAAUCAAAGCAAUCAAUCGGAAAUUUGUAGUUCAACAUCAUCAACGAUCGUGACAAAUAAAAAAAAGAAAACUAAUUAUUGUGAAAGUGGAAUUUUUGAUGUAAUUUUAGGAGAUUAUUCUUGGAAAUCAAAAAAAACAACAACAAAAGAAUCUAGCAAUAAGAAACAUGGUGAAUGCAAUAAAUUAACUAAAGAUUUACCAGAUAAUUAUUUAAAAAAAUCAAAAGCUUACAAAAAACUUCUUAGCAGUAAAACAAAAGAUGCAUUUAAUAAAGAUAACUUAAAAACUGAUCAUAAACUAAAAGAUAAGAUUUCCAAUGAAAGUUAUCACCCUGAAACUUGCAGUUCAUCAAAUUCAUCUCAUGUAUCUAAAAAAAAGAAAACUAAACAUUUAAAAAAAGAUGUUUCUGAUGGAGAAGAUCAUUCUCGAAAAUCAAAAGAGUCAAAAAAAAGAAUUAAUCAUGACAAAAAAAAAAAAUUAACUGAGGAUGAUUAUCGGAGAUCUAAAGCUUCAACAUCUACAACAGAGUCCUCCAAUAAGAUAUUACACGAUGGACAUUUCAAAUCAACCGAGUGUUUGCCAAUUAAUUACCUCAAACAAUCAAAAGUUUACGAAAGAUUACUAAAAAGUAAAUCUAAGGAGUCAUUAAAAUUUAACAAUAAAAAUAAUGUUAAAGCUGAUUAUCAUGAUGAUGGCAUUGCUAAUCAACCUGAAGCUUGCAGUUCAUCAACAAAUGUGACAACUAAAACAAAGAGAAUCAAAGAUCAUAAAAAUUAUAUUUCUUAUGGUCAAGUUAGAAGAGAAAAAACAUCGACUUCGACAUCAACAACUGAGUCAAAUGAGUUUGUUAGAGAACGUGAAGCAACUGAGGAUCUAGCAGUUGAUCAAAAACAUAAAUCAAAAGGGUUUAAGAAAUAUACAAAGAAAAAAUCAAAUGAUGUAGAUUUAAAUAGUGACAGUGAAGAUAAUGUAGUUGGUGGCUCUCGACUAGAUUUAACUUCCAAUAGUCUUACUUUGAAUAAUAGUAACUUUUCUGAUACUACUACUUCAACUAUACAAACAACUGUAUUAAUUAAUAAGAAGAAAAUUAAUAACUAUAAAAAUAAAGUUACUAAUGGAGGUAAUUGUGUCAAAGAAGUAAAAGAUAAGAAAUCACAUGUUGUAGAUAUUCUCCCUGACAAAGACGAUAAAGUGAUUAAUAGCUAUCAACCAAUUUCUAAAUCAAAUAUUUAUCGUACAUCCAAUGGGAAUUGGUCUUGCGGAAGUGCCAGUUCAUCAAAUUCAAUACCUUUGUCAAAUCAUCAAAUAGGAUCUAACGAUGAUGCACAUACUUCAGAUGACGAUGAUCAAUAUGUCAAAAACAGAAAAAUUUCUAAAAACAAUCUGGAAUCUUUUGAUGAUGUAGACCGUAGUAUUUUUGAGGCAUUUGGAUAUGAAAAAUUAUAUUCGAGAGCUGCGAAGGUAAAAGCUAAUGAAGCAAUAUCGCAAAUGAGUAAACCACUUAUUAACAAAGAUAAGAAAAAUGAUGCUACAAAACGAUUGAAGAAUGGCAAGAAGAGUAAUGAAUAUGAUCCGUGGUUUGGUAUGUUGACACUUGAUGAUUACAACGUUAAGUUGCCCAAGUUCGCUCAAGAAAUAUUAAUUAUAGAUAAACAUAUGCUUGAAGAUGAUCGUUGUAUUUCAAUUGUACCUUCAUACAUAACUGUGUUCAAAAUUAUAAAGGAUUAUGUAUUUACAACAAAUAAGUGCAUGGAAAUGGCAAUCAUUAUUUUAGAAGCUUUUAACUGUUCGUUGUAUUUGUGGUUGUUGCAUCCACUUGAAAGACCUAAACAUGAUCAUGUUUUAAAUAACAAUACUGGCAUAUCCAUGUGUCACAUUUAUGGACUUCCUCACUUCCUCAGAUUUAUUAUGAAACUACCCAAACUUUUCCACUUAGUGAAGGAUGUCUUAGAUAACUUUGUACCUAACGCUGUUGAAUUUAUUAGAGGAUUACUCCACUAUAUAGAGCAACAGCAUGACAAACAACAAUAUUUGAUUGAUUAUGAUUGUAUAAUGCCCCAUGAAUACAGAAAAGCAUACUACGUGUAACUUUUUUAGAAUUACAUAAUUGGCCGUAAAUGUUUGUUGUUCAUUGUACAUACCUAGAUAAUAGUUUAUUACUCUGUAACUUUUUUUUUUUUUGCAUUAUAAUGUAUUAUUUUUUUUUUACCAUAGUGUUAUUACUUAUUAUUAUUUGUUGAGUAUA